AUGAAAGCCUCGUUCUUUGCAUUUGCCGCUGUCUUGCUUGCCACUUCUUUGGAUUUGACCUCUGCUGCUGCUUGUGACAAGACUACCCAGGUUGAUACCUGUGACAACCAGGAAUGCACCUACAAGACCUUCAACGCUACCAUUGUCCCUAUUCCUCGCAAGGACACCAAGUGGGAUUACUACAGCUACUCAUGUGUAAAGACCGAUGAUGCUUCCAAGUGUGAGAGCAUCAAGCAAGAAGAUGAGUGCCUUGCAUCCCAAUGUACUUGGCACGCAUACUAUGAGAAGAAGCUCAAGAGUGAUGAAUACAAGACCUUUACUUUUUGUAUCAAGGAGGUUGAAUGCGGUGAUGUUCUCAAGGACAAGGACAUUUGCCUCGGGUUGGAUCACUGCAAAUACGACGAUAAGUUGGGCUGCCUUUACAAAUAA